AUGUCUCUCUCUAUGUUUUUAACUCUCUCUCGCCCCCUUUUCUCUGUGGGGCUUUGUCUUGGGACUUUUUUGUCCUGGUGCCUCCGGUCUUGGAUAUUACCCCGGGCACGUGGGUCGGUUGAGGAGUGCGCAUUCUUUUGUGAGAGGAGUGUAGGUGAUAUAAUUUGGGGAAAGAGAGGAAGUAUUGCAGGUUUGAAAAUUUACCACUGCUGCUUAUUUGCGUUGUUCCGGUGGACUAUUGCUAGUGUGCCUCUUUGGCCACUGCUGGUCCCUGAAGUUGGCUUCGGAACUAUUGCCAACUGGUUGUUUGGUUCGCUUGGACCGGUGUUCGCGUUUGAAUGGCUGAAACCUUGGUUGCUUCCGCUCGCGUACUGGUACGGUGGUGUUUCUGUCUUGGUAGCCUCGACCUCCACCCUGGUUGUUGUUCUUGCUGAACUUAUUGUUGGCUCUCUUCCCACCUCUACUGUUGUCGUAGUUGCUGUUCUUCCAACUGCUGUUUGCGGUGUUGGAGCUCUGGUUGGCUGCUGCGAACUCCCAUUUUAUCAGGCUUCGCUCCUUUGCUAG